UACGUGCAAUAGAAAGCAAGCUCCAUGCACGAUAAGGAUUCCUGGUAUAAAUACAGGAGGAAUCAUCCACUUUCAUCAGUUCACUUCCACAGUACAGUGCAAGAGUUACAAAAAAAAUCAGCCAAGAUGAAAACCGACUUCAUGUUCAAGGGAAUGAUGUGCCCAGCCUUCACUCCAUUCAUGGAUGACAAGAAACGUUCAUGCAACAUGGAAAUGAUUGACAAAUACUGUCAAUGGAUGAAGUCAAUGGGAAUGCAAGGUGUUAUGGUAAACGGUAUGACUGGCGAAGGCAUGUGUAUGAACAUGCAGGAGCGUAUGCAGAUGGCUGAGAAAUGGCACGAGUGCACCCGUAAAUACGGAAUGACAAUGCUCCUCAACAUCGGUGGCAUGGAUCUCCCAAGCGUUUACACGUUGGCCGAACACGCGGAAAAGAUGAAGGUCGAUGCUGUUAUGAUGAUGCCAGACAUGUUCUACAAACCAAUGACUGAAGAAGACUUGAUGAUGUACAUGAAAGACGUUAUGAUGCGUAUGCCAACUCGUCCAGUGAUGUACUAUCAUAUUCCAAUGAUGACUGGCGUUCAUAUGGACAUGUGCCGCUGGAUGAUGAUGAUGGACAAGGAGUGUCCAAUGUUUGCCGGUGUUUUCUGGUGCCACGAUCACAUGGACAUGAUGAUGAUGGUCAAACAAAAAAUGCCACACUUCAACUACAUCAUGGGAACAAUGUCAUCGAUGAUGGGUUGCAUGGCUCAAGGAAUGGACGCAAUUUCAAUGUGUGCGAUGAACAUGUGUCCAGAAAUGUGCAAACAAAUGUACGAUUGCAUGAUGAGCUGCAAGAUGAAUGAUGCAAUGAUGAUGCAGCAGAAGAUGAUGAAAUGCAUUAUGGAUAUGUUCCAAAUGGAUAGCGAUAUGCACAUGAACAUGGACUGGAUGAUGAUGAUGCGAAUGCAAAUGGACAAAAUGCAACCAAUGGGUAUGAAAAUGGGACCGAUGCGCCGUCCACAAAUGACAAUGAACAAAAUGUGGUAUACGAUGUAAACUCAGCCUGGCAAAUACUCAUUUAAAUAACAUAUAAUGCAUCAUAGCUUGUAGUCUUGAUUAUUAUGAAGAAAAAAAAUUAAAUAAAUAAAACGAAACGCAGAAAAAUUUUCAGCUAACAAAAAAACAUGUG